UCCCUGCUGGGCUUCCGUAGCGGCGGAAGACCGUUUGGCCGACGGUUGAGAAAGCGUUGAAUCAGGUGAUAGACGGUUGGUCCCUAGAUGGGCGCGAGCGAAAAGUAAGGCGGGAAGGGGGAGAUGGAUGGGGUUGUGGAGGCGGCUGCCGGUGCCGCCGCCGAAGAGGAGCCGCCGCCCCUUCCUCAUCUGAGCUGCGAUAGUGGCAACGUCUCGCAGAGUCACAGCAGCGCCUCGGGCAUAGGGGACGAAGACGCCGCCGCGGAAGGAGGCGCUUACCAAGGAGACCUUCUGCUGGCCUCUGCGGCGGCCGACUACGCCGCCUACUUGCUGCCUUCGGGCAGCGUCGCCUCAGGCGGGCAGAUUGAAUCCUUAGAGAAAAGUCUGGAAGAUUUGCUAACCAGGGUAGAUGAAUUUGUUGGUAUGCUAGAUAUGAUUCGAAGUGAUUCCUCUCAAGUUGUCAAUGAAAGCGUGCCACAUAUUCAUGCGAAGGCUGUAGAAAUGAGGCAGCUAUAUAAAAAGAUAGACAAACUAGAGGCUUUUGUAAAAAUGGUUGGAAAUAGUGUGGCUGGGAUGGAGGAACAAAUCUCAAAGGCAGAAUCAGACCUUGGAACUUUUCCAAAUACUUUAAAAAAAUUUUUACACACAAUCAAUGUACCAUCUUUUCUUAAUAAAUCAUCUUCCUCAAGGCAGAGUCAAACACUUUAUGAAGCCCCUGCUCUCUUCAAGACUGAAGAUUACUUUCCUUGUGUUGGAGGCACACAAUAUGUAUGAUUUAGCUGACACUUUCACAUCUGAAGAGAUAUUAAAAGUAAGAGUUAUGCUGAUGUUUAGGUUGUUGUACUUCUCUGAAAAACCAUGGCUUGCUGCCAUCCUGCACACCUUUACUUUAGCUUUUGUUUUGCAUAGAAUAUAAUGAUUUCCAGGCUUUUUAAAGUGUUAACCUACAUAAUUGGUAGCUAACAUUAACAGUAAACCACUUUGAACUUUUGGAAGGAAGCAGGCCUCAUUUCACAUGAUCUGCAGCUGGGACUAGUCUUUUCCCCAUUCUCAAAUACUACACAGGGAAAGUUUUAGAAGAAUAGUCAGGAAACAAAGAAAAGCUUUCUACUAGUGUAGCAUUUCCAAGUUAGAAAAUAGUAUGGAAAAUAAGAGGAUGGAAGCAAGACAUGCAAGAAGAGAUUUCUUCUUUGCGCAUGCUCCAGACUGAAACCUUCUGUAACAGUCUCUUUGCCUUUCUAAAACAAGACUGGUGAAGGCAGGAAGGAGAAAUGGAGCAGUCAUUUUUCAUAUUUCUCUGUGUUUAUUUCCUCUUGUCUUCUAGCCAGAUAUGGCCCACAAAGCUGAUGAGGAGCAGAGUAUAGAAAAAGUUAGAAAUAAGAAUGAGUUGAUCUGAGAGUUGCCAAACAGUAACAUGUAUGUUCUUCACUAAGCUCAUUUGGGAACUUUGAAUAAUGACAGCCCACCCAUACUUAGAAGCAAAUAAGUAGAAAAGCCAGAAGUAUAUAUGAUUUUUUUAAUUGUAAUUAUUAUUUGUAUCUUAAUUACUUUUUGCUACUGCUGCUAGUAUUAACUUACACACCACAGUAAUGUUUUUGAAAGAGUUCUGUGGUGCUUUUAAGUGCAAUAAGGACCAAAAUUAUGCAUUCAUAUCUUUCAUGAAUGUGUCUAGGAUCCCCCCCCCUAUAUUUUGGGAAUAAAUCCAGUUUGAACAAAUGUUCCUUUGUUCUUUGAUCUGCUGCAAAGUAAAGGUAAACAGCAAUGUGUGUUGUUUGCUGUUAGCAUUUUGGGGGCAAUUGUCUAGCAAAUAAAUUUUUUGUAUAUAAUGUUGAAUGUAUGAUAACCAAAGCUCUUAUAAAUUGAAUUUAUUAAA